UGUGUUACCUUCCCUAAAAACUUAAUUCUUUGCUUCCUUCUUCAGGGAGCUCUCAACAUCAAUGACAGAACCAUACCUCAGCCCCCCAUUCUUCAGCUCUCAGUGGAGAAGUUGAGCAGAGAUGGAGCGUUCCUCAUGGAUGCGGGCUCAGUACUGAUGCUUUGGGUUGGAAAAAAUUGUGCACAGAAUUUUCUCAGCCAAGUUCUGGGAGUUCAAAACUAUGCAUCAAUUCCACAGACAAUGACAGAACUUCCAGAACUUGAUACACCAGAAUCUGCCAGAACAAUAGCUUUCAUCUCGUGGCUUAGAGAACAGAGACCAUUUUUCCCAAUACUCUAUGUAAUCAGGGAGGAGAGUCUGAUGAAAGCAGUGUUCCUUCAGAACUUGGUAGAAGACAGAACAGAAUCCGCACUGUCGUAUUAUGAAUUCCUCCUGCACAUACAGCAGCAAGUGAACAAGUGAAGAGACCUGGGCCACUGAGGAGCCACGUGCAGAUUUCCUGAGACUUCAGUACCUUCCUUUCCUCCUUAAGCUUGUGAACAAAUGUGAUGAUUAAGAUGUUUCACUGUGAUUUCAACCAACUAUAGCAAAUAAAGGACCACAGCAGAGAGUCAGGUGUGCAACUCCAACAAAAUACUGUAUUUUUCAAAUCAAAUAGAUGUCUACAUGAUCUGAAACCUUUUUCUUCCCUUUGCUGCCAACUAUGUUUGAGUUGUUGUGGAUUGAGAUGAGACAAUAUUGCAGAGGCAAAGUACAUUUUAUAAAAUAAAGACUUCUGAUAUCUGCAUUUCUAUUUCUCAUUUUUUUUAUUUUUCUGAGUUUCUGGCUGCUACAUCUAAAAACCUCACAAGACUAAGAGUUGCAGGGAGCUUCAAAUCUGUCAAUAAUGAUCUUUUUUAAAUUGGAAAAUCCAAAAGUCAGUAGACUGUAGAAAAGCUGGACUCCAUUCCCUUUAUGUACUUGUUUUUUGCCCCACCCCAACUGCUUCUUUUUUAAGGAAGGAAAAGAAUCAUGUUAACUAAAACUGGAGUAAACUAGCUCUAGUCUUACUUGGGAAGAGUAUAAAUUGUAAAGCUUUAAAAUCUAUCAGUAUUCUCUCUACUUGAACAAAGUCACUUUAAUUUGAGGUAAAAACUGUAAUUAGGUGGUUUUCUGCUGUUUUAUUCUGCCAUGAAUAGAAUAUGAGCUAUCUUUAUAAAUAUAUCAGGAAUGGCAAUGAUAAUAGCUGGGAAUUUUGGUAAUCUUGAUUCGCUGAGUAGGUUUUGUUUGGUGCAUUUCUGCUCUGAUUAAUAAAGAGGUAAAGUGUUAUUUUGGCAAAUGAGAGUGAAAGAAGUUAAAGGUUACUAUCUUAGAAAGCAUCAACAUUUCUCUAAGGAGUUUAAUAAUUAAAUCGGAAGCCACUCAUAUAUUCUGGGAUAUUAAAACCUGUUAAAGUAUGAUUGCUGCUCUUUGAGUUAGUGGAUAUUAAGACUGUGCAAAUCCAUCAUAUUAAAGUUAUAAAAAGAAAUUUGAUUUUAACAUGCUUUUAAGACUGCUUAUUUUGAUUCAGUUAGAGAACUAUUACAGUUAAACUAUCAAUGGCUUUUGUUUACAAAUAGGUAAAUAAUCCAUGUGUAUUUAAAGUGCUGUCAUGUGUCUUUAAAAGAGUUUGGCUCCGUUUUCACAGGUUCAUCUUGUCUUGUGUGAACUUCUUCAAUGAUGUUUGUAUGUAAUACUUGAUGAAGAGGUUUUGUUUGUUUGUUUGUAUAGGUUAGAAAUGUGUUUACAGUCUCACAUGAUCAAUGAAAUCAUAACUUCCAGGUUUACACCCACGUGGGCUGACUUAACUCCUGGGGAAGGGAGCACGGGUCCCCGGAGGAUAUGGCUGCUGCCUGCCAGCUGCUUCAGAGUAACUGUAUCAUGACAACAACAGUGUUAGGGUUAUUUUUGUUUUUUUUUUUAAUUCCAAGCCAGACAUGAUGGUACAUACGCCUAACCCUGGUACUUGAGAUGCCAAGGCAUGAGAAUUGCUAGCCUGGGCUACAUAGCAAGUACCUGACCAGCCAGACUUUGUCUUGAAAGAGACGAUUGAAAAAAAAAAAUUUGUUUUAGUGUACACGUAGUGCAGUGAAUUGAAUUUUCUUGAAAGCUGCUUCAUUUACUGAGAAGCAAUAUUCAAGUUAUAACCCAUGAAAUUUAUAUAAUUUCCCCCUUUGAAGCCAUUGUGUACUGAUGUUCCUUUAAAUGAACUAAAGUGUUCCUCUUUGUGUAAUUUUAAAUGUUGGUGUUUGUUUUUUGUUUUGUUUUUUGGUUUUUUGAGACAGAGUUUUUCAGUGUAGCCUUGGCUAUCUUGGACUUGAUUUGUAGACCAGGCUGGCCUCCAACUCAUAGCUGUCUGCCUGCCUCUGCCUCCCUGAGUCUGGUAUUAAAGGUGUGCCAUCAUGCCCAACUAAAUGUUGGUAUUUGUAAAUUCUUUCUUCGUAAUUCCAGAGGGAAAUGUUGUGCUCCUAGGGAAACCUUCUUUGUGCCUUCCCUGAGAGUCUUACCUUUAUUAGCACCUGCUGGGUUAGUAUAUUUCACAAUUUACUUUUAAAUUUUAUUUUAGAUAUUAUGUAACGUGCAAUCCAGAGUAAGUUUAUAACAGUCAUAAAAACAUAACUAUUUAGGGUUCACAGUUUUUGUUCUUCAGACAAGAGAAUGAAUAUUUGUGGAAUAUUUUUUUUUCCUUUAUUGAAUGUGUUUUAGUUUGACUUUUAGUAAGACACUACCCGUCCUACCAUCCUGUAUUACUUCCUAAUGUAAAGCAACUAAUAUUUACACUAUGCCAUAUUUUUUUUAUUGUAGUUGUAAAUUAGAAAGAUCCUUGAAUUUUCUACAGAUCUACAACUACUAAAGUAACAGACAAGGGCAAUCUUGAUAUAGAAAUCUGAGCAUGGCAGUUCUACCAUAAAAAGUACUCUAUUUUUCUAAUUUCUAGAAUUUUUAAAAUAAUGUUUCUGUAAGUCUGACAUACUAAUAUUCACUCAAGCAGUACCAUUUAUUUUAGCUUGCAUAUAUUUUAAUUUAAUGUAAUGUAUUAAGUCUAAUAGACUGUUUUGCAAUAAUUAGAAUAAAAGAUUUACUUCUAAUCAGAGAUGCAUAACAGCUCUUAUCUAGGGGACCACCAAAUGUGAUUUCACAGUUUUAACUAUUAGAAACACAAUCCUUAAUAGAAAUUUUAAUUUUGUAAAGUAGUGUAUGAUAUUGUAACAUUAAGUCCUUGUUCUUGAAUCAAAACUAUGUGUUGAUCUUCAGUGUGUUGUGCUCAGUCUUGCUUCUCUUAAAUGUUGAGACAAGAUUGGUCUUCCUUUUUACAGAUUGUAAUUUUCACUGUUUUAUUCCUGUUUUUUAAAAAAGUCAUUUGUAACCCAUGCAAACAAUCAUUUGAUCUGUGCUAACUUAUGAAUUUGGCUAUUCAAUAAAGUUAAUUAAAAGAGCUUAUAAA